AUGGCCCGCUCCGUCUCCGUCUGGGCUUCUGUCAAGGCCGGCCCCCCCGACGCCAUCCUUGGUAUCACUGAGAACUUCAAGGCCGACACCUCGCCCAAGAAGAUCAACCUCGGUGUCGGUGCCUACCGUGACGAGAACGGCAAGCCCUUCGUCCUCCCCUCGGUCGCCAAGGCUGAGGAGAUCCUCUUUGCCCAGAAGGGUGACAAGGAGUACCUCCCCAUUACUGGUCUUGCUUCGUUUGACCAGCUCGCCGCCGAGCUCGCCUACGGUGCCGAGUCUGCCCCCAUCAAGGAGGGCCGCCUCGCCGUCACCCAGACCCUCUCGGGUACCGGUGCCCUCCGCAUCGGCAUGGAGUUCCUUGCCGAGCACUACCCCAACAAGACCAUCUACAUCCCCAACCCCACCUGGGGCAACCACACCGCCAUUGCCAAGCGCGCCGGCCUCCAGUCGGAGAAGUACUCGUACUUUGACCCUGCCACCGUCGGCCUCAACUUUGAGGCCAUGAAGAAGGACAUUGAGAACAUGCCCGAGGGCUCGAUUGUCCUUCUCCACGCCUGUGCCCACAACCCCACCGGUGUCGACCCCACUGUCGAGCAGUGGAAGGAGCUCUCCAAGGUCGUCAAGGCCAAGAAGCACUUUGCCUUCUUCGACAUGGCCUACCAGGGCUUUGCCUCGGGUGACAUCAACCGCGACGCCUUUGCCGUCCGCCACUUUGUCGAGGAGGGCCACCAGAUCCUCCUCUGCCAGUCGUUUGCCAAGAACCUCGGUCUCUACGGUGAGCGUGUCGGCACCGUCUCGCUCGUCACCGCCUCGCCCGAGGAGAAGGCCCGCGUCGACUCGCAGCUCAAGAUCAUCAUCCGCCCUUCGUACUCGAACCCCCCUAUCCACGGCGCCCGCCUCGUCUCCACCAUCCUUGCCUCGCCCGAGCUCAAGGCCCAGUGGCUCUCCGAGGUCAAGCUGAUGGCCGACCGCAUCAUCGACAUGCGCGAGAAGCUGUACAACAAGCUCGUCGAGCUCAACACCCCCGGCGAGUGGGGCCACAUCAAGUCGCAGAUCGGCAUGUUCUCGUUCACCGGCCUCAAGCCCGAGCAGGUCGACGAGCUCGCCCAGAAGGCCCACAUCUACCUCACCCGCGACGGCCGUAUCUCCAUGGCCGGCCUCAACAACUCGAACAUUGAGUACUUUGCCGAGUCGGUCUCCAAGGCCGUCAAGGGAGAGCUCUAA